AUGGGCAAACCACUGAGCCGGCCAGACUGUUUACGGCAGAACCGCACUUGCCUGGGGAAGGGCGAGGAGGAGGAUGGUUAUAUAGAGGAUUGCUACGUGCCCCAGAGAUCGAUAUACGACACGAUGAGAAUUAACGAGCAAAUCGAUCAGGGAUCGAAGCUCAACCAGCUUUCCAAGAGCACUCUUGGCAAGGGGGACGGCAGCACCAUAUCCAGCAACGGGACGCUGGGAGCUGCCAACGUCUUUGAGUCCAGGCCGCCAGAAACGAAGAAGUUGGACGAGCGAGUCAUCUUCGACGCACUGAAGCUCAGCAGCGACGUCUCCAAACCAGCACCUGCUCCGCCAAGGAGACGACCGAACCCCGAGAGGAAGGAGAACGUCAACCGGCGGUCGUGGAAGUCCUUCAUGCCGCCCAACUUCACCGAAUUUGCAGAAAGGAUGGGGGCUUCGCUGAGCGAGGUGUCGGAAGCAGGUGCCUCCAACCCUUCCCUGCGGGAUAAGCGGGAGUCGAGUGCCAUGCUCGCCGAGCGCCCAGGCCAGCCCGACCAUGGUGAGCUCAUGUCUGAGUCUCUCACCUUGGAGCACGUCUCCAAGUCAUCCGGUGCGGCAGAGGCUCUGACGGCCAAGCAGUUUGGUGCAGAUGGCUACGGCGGUCCCCGGGAUGAAUGCCAGCCCCUGCUGAGCGCCGGUGAUGGCCGCGGUCGUGCUGGGGACCUGGCCAGGGCUCGCCGGCUUCCCAGUGCCCCCUGGCCACGAGCCAGAAAGAAUUUCAUCAAGGGAAGCCUCAGCGAUGGGCACCAGGAGACCCUGGAGGCCUCCGAGUCGGACUGUACAGUGGAGAACGUCAACCUCUCUCCGUGCCUUAGUGAAGAGCUGCUGGAUGCGGGUCUGGAUAUUCUCGUCUCCUCCAAUCUCAGGGAGAAAACAGAGUCUGAGCUGAGAUUUGAGGAGGACGAGCGCUGGGUGAUGAUGGAGGAGUGGGAGGAGGCAACGCUGUCAGAGCGAGGAAAGGCUGUUCUGGUGGCAGAGGAGAAGAAGAGCUGUUGCUUGGCAGAUAUUUCUGAGGAAAGGGAACAACUUGCUGCUCCGACGGAUGGCUCUGCCCACAGCCCAGGGACCUCCCGAUCCUGCGCGUCCCCGGGGGGUGCCAGCAGCCCCCUCCCUGGCAGUGCAUCCUGUACUGAGGAUGCAGCGGUGCAGUGCGAGGCCGAGGACUUUGCUCCGAGUUCGGAGCACUCAGCCAGCCCCGCGGUCCCCGAGUUGUCCGACACAGACUCGGUGCAGAUGUUCCUGGAGCUGGAGGAGCAGUGCCUGAACGAGGAUGAGGGCGAUGGGGCCAUCCUUGAUCGUGGGGACGUUCAGAUCUCCCUGAUGGACUCGGAGGGGCUGGACCCAGAGUCGGCCAAACUGGCUGGGGCGGCAGUCAAAGUUUGUCAGUGUACGGCCCCUCUGGACAUCAGCGCUUCGGACUCUGCCGUUGUGUCGGAUCUGGAAGACUUUGACAUCACCUGCAGCUCACAGGUGCUGAGCACGCUGGAGCCAGCGACGGAGCCCUUCUCAGAAAGGGACACCUCGGCCGUCACCCCGACGGACUCAGACGGAGGGGCCUCUCCCAGCCCCGUAGCUGCGGCAGGGCCGGGCUCCCUCCGGCAGUGCUCUCCGGCACUGGUGCAGGAGGAUGCCCCUGACCCACUGGUGGACCUGGAGCUCAUGGACGGUUGCACAAUGGUGGUGCUGGGGGCUGGUGGGAUGCCGUCUCCUGAGAUGGGUGUGCGUCCAGCCUCUGGUGCGGAGGGAGCCGGUUACCCCGGUUCUCUGGUGGGCUGGGGUGAAGAUAACCAAAACUUACUGGUCCCUGACAGUGAAGAAUCGCAGCUCCCCGAGGAGACCUGGCCUGGCCGA